AUAAGUUGCAGCACUAGUUCCACCAUGGCGUUCGACGGCGAACGAGAUUUGGCACCAUUCAGUGUGUGCCAUGCCUGUGCCGCUCCGGCUUUGGCUCUCUGCAUCAAGGACGGUGCUGUUUCUGGUCCUUGCGACAGAAGCCUUUGACCAGGAAGGGGUCCGAGGAGCUCAACGAGCUUUGCGCUGGUGUGGUCCGACGUGCGGCGACAAACAGGAUCAACAGGUAGUGACCCCGGAGGGUCGAGUGCAUGUGCGCUACCCGGCAAGACCAUGGGAAAUGCUCAGAUAUGGUGUGACUACGGAGCUCCUUGAAGCUGGUCACCUGACAUGGCCGGGGAUGGCCAGGAUCUGGUCAGGCCUUGCAAAAGACUGGUCGACUGCGGUCUUCCACCAGGUCACACUUCAAGCCACAUCUGAGUGUUUUCCCGGUCAUCAAUUUCUGCGUUUGGCCAGUGCAGCCCAAGAAAUCGGAAUUCCUAGUGUCAAAGAGCAGGAAGAUUUGGUUGCAGAUUUGGUGCAAGAUGUUGCAGCCAUGGAGACCGCUCUGUGUGGGGGUUGGCCCAUUUUUGCUUUGUUAGCCCUUCUGGCUGGCCAGGAGUUGGCAGAUGGAACAGGCUUGAGUCCAGAAGUCCGCGGCAUGCCGCAAGUCACUGAAGUGAUGAACCAGCUAAAGCUCUGCACCUCCAAAGCUUGUCUUCAAGGUUUGCCACUGCUUGAGGUGCAGCGUUUUCAAUCGCUGGCGUUGCAUGGAUUUGGCACUUGUCCUCGAGGCUCUGUGAUGGCUUGGAUGGAUGAGUUGGACCCUGUCCCUGUGAUACCGCUCUGCGUGAGGAUUGACAAGGAUGUGGUGAGUGAUACCAUCAAACGCCAGGGCAAGUGGCCAGAGUGUUACGAGCUCUUCGGCAUCGUUGAGGUUGUUGGAUGGAAGGAUUGCGUAGUACUGGACGUAGGUGCAAACAUGGGCAGCUGCAGCAUGGUUUUGAUGAGAAGUGGCUUUCAGGUCAUGGCCUUUGAACCGCUGCCCAGCUCUGCGGGUUUGCUUCGUGCCAGCUUGCGCUUCAAUGAGGGCAUGAUGACGGAUCGUGACGCAGGCAAAGGCCCAUUUUCGGGCGUGGCACAAUUGGCAGUGGGCGAGCCAAGUGAGGCUGUCGUGGUGGAGGCCUACAACAAUUCUGGAGGCAGCUAUGUGACGUCACCUGUCAACCUGCAGAGCUGUAACCGCAGCAGCCACAAUUGUGAGAAGGCUCAAAGCGUUCACGUGGUUUCCUUGGAUGAGGUCCUAACGGCCUAUGGCAUCAACAAGGUGUGCCUUUUGAAGAUUGACACUGAGGGUGCAGAGCUCCGCGUACUUCGCAGCGCGCAGGAAUGGCUGAGAAAGCGGCUCAUUGGGGUGGUCUACUUUGAGUGGAGGCCGCUUCAAAGCAUUGACAGAGGGGAGGAUCCCUUUGAGAUCUUGAACUUUUUGGAAGCUUUGAAUUACAGGAUUUUUGCAUCCACACAGUGGUUCGCAGAUGACAAGGUCUUCUCAUUACCGUCAGUCCAGCAAUGGAUGUCUGUUCAGCGGGAACAGUGGGACGAGAUGUUGGAGAAGAAGGGGAACUUGUUGGCGUCCCCCAAGUGACCUGGAAGAUCUGGAAGAUCUGGAAGCGCCAAGCAGCCCUGCCCAAAGAUGGCAUGGCUGCAGAUUUGGCAGUGACGUUUCUGACGUUUCUUGCUUUGGAAUGUUUUGGAAAA